AUCUAAGCUCCUGUGUAGUGUCGAGUUGAAAGUUUUUUGUUUUUAUUAUAAGUGACCUUUACCUAAAUUAUUGUUUUGUUUUUUGUAAAUUUCCUAAUUAUACACUACAGACAUGCAAAGACUUUUCUUAAUGCUCAGAACACAGUUUAGAUGCAUCACAGACAUCAAUAGGCAUGCUCCUUCACUAUUCCAGCAGUUCAGAGGAUUGAGCUCAGGUCAAGAAAGUUCAACAACAGAGUCAUCCAGCUUAACACCUGGUGAAAGUGCCAUCAAGUGUAAACUACAAAAAGCUUUUCCAAGUGCCACAGAGAUACAAGUCUCUGAUGUCUCUGGUGGAUGUGGUGCUAUGUAUCAAAUAGCAAUAGAAUCUCCAGACUUUAAAGGUUUACCGAAAAUUCAGCAACACAGAUUGGUCAAUCAGGCUCUAGCUGAAGAGAUUAAAUCCAUGCAUGGACUGCAGUUGACUACUAAAGCACCAGACCAAUAAAAAUGAAAUGUUAGAGCUCUGUUAGUUCUAUAUGUUGUUUCAGCCCUGUGUAUGUGUGUGUGUGAUACUCUUUAUGAACAACCCAGAUGUGUUACCUAAACUAUUCAUAAACUAUUCAUGUUGUGUUUGAAAACUUUGGUUUUUAUUUCUCUAUUAUAAUGGAUUUCAUUAUUUAAAAAUUAUUUCUACACAGAAUAAAUUAUAUGUUCAGAUUGAGCGAUUAGUUCAGUAUUCAUUCUUACAUUUAAAGUUCUGUUAACUGUGACAGUUUUAAUAGAGAUGAUUUCUAUAAUGGGAUUAGAUAUUAGUAUUAUUUCUCUUGCUUAGCUAAUGUUGGGAAGAUGAAAUACAGCAGAUUGUAAAGACCAAUAUGUAACAUUUUGUUUGAUGUUUUGUUCUCUCAAUACUCUGUGAUUUUUUAUGUAUUUGUUUGACAUAAUAAAACUAUUACUAUUUGUUUUGGCAAGGGACAUAACUUUGUCACAUUUAUUGCAACAUACCUAAUUAUGUUUCUUUCUUAUUUAGCAUUUUCACUGAAUAUUUUACAAAUUUCAAUACCAUGUUGACUAUUUAUGUCCUACAAUAUACAGAAGGAAACAUCUUUAAGUUAUCUAGUUAGUCAUUUCAAACAAUCGAUUUGCCUGCAAACCAUUUUUUAAGAAAAUCAUAAAUUGAUUAAUAAAAUAUGUACUUAAUGAUA